UGCCUUCGUGUGUAAACAUAGAGACACAGGGCAACAUAGGUGCCAUGAAACAUGGAAAACUUUGGGUGUCUGCUUAUAAAACCUGGCAAGUGUUGCCUCAUUCGCACCAUGGAGAUACGGGACAAGAUGGCGGAGGAAGGAUUGGAGUUGGAGGGAUCUGCCGCUGCAGAACCCCUGAUGAACGUCAGCCUAGACAGCUUCACCAACGUCACCAACAUUACAUUGUCCCCCUACUAUCAGCACUCUCUGUACGUGGCCGCCAGCUACAUCCUGGCCUACUUCUUCAUCUUCUUGCUGUGUAUGAUCGGGAACAUCCUGGUUUGUCUGAUCGUACUGGAGAACCAUCGCAUGCGCACAGUCACCAACCUCUUCAUCCUCAACCUGGCCAUCAGUGACUUACUGGUGGGCAUCUUCUGCAUCCCUACGACACUGGUGGACAACCUCAUCACAGGCUGGCCGUUUUCAAACAUCGUGUGCAAGAUGAGCGGCUUUGUGCAGGGCGUGUCUGUGUCUGCGUCAGUCUUCACCCUGGUGGCCAUUGCUGUGGAAAGGUUUCGCUGCAUCAUGUACCCACUCCAACCCAAGCCAACGGUGCUUGUCGCCAAGGCAGCCAUCGUCUUGAUCUGGGUGUUGGCCGUGGCGAUCAUGUGCCCUGCCGCUGUGGCACUGACUGUGGAGAAGUACCCUUACCACUACAUGGUGUACGGCGGCGACUUCAAUCACACGCUGCCCGUUUACACGUGCUAUGAAGACUUUGAAAACCCACAGAUGAGAAAGAUUUACACCGCAGUUCUGUUCGCGCACAUCUACCUGCUGCCCCUCACCAUCAUCACCGUGAUGUACGGAUGCAUCGGAGUCAAACUGUGCUCCACUGUGGUGGCAAACAGAAACCCGCCGCUGGAUAAUACUGUCCAGGUGGGAGGCAGGAGGGGCGGUCAGCCGAUGAUAUCACAGAAGAAGAUCCGGGCGAUAAAGAUGCUCACUCUGGUGGCUCUGCUCUUCAUGCUGUCCUGGUUGCCCCUCUGGACCCUCAUGAUCAUGGCGGACUACGCAGGCUUGGACAGGGACCUGCUUGAUCUUCUGACCAGUUACAUCUUUCCCUUUGCUCAUUGGCUGGCGUUCUCCAACUCCAGCAUCAACCCCAUCAUCUACGGCUACUACAACGAGAACUUUAGGAGAGGCUUCCAGGCGGUGUACAAGUCCAGGCACUCCUGUUGCCUCACGCAGGUGCAGCUGUGGGGGAGGAUGUCCAGACGCGGCAGGCAAGAGGGGACUGUGCUGGCACCGUGUGGGGGAACGGCCUUAAGAGAAGCCACGAACCACCACAAUCACCUCGUCCUGGGGCUGACAAACCGAGUCCAUAACGACGACAAGCUCAAAGAAACGGAUAAUAUGAACAGGCGUGCGCGGGUGGGCUGUGCCAUGGUUCAACCCGAGAGAAAUCUUUCAAACCAAGGGAUAGAAAUGGCUCCUUUGCCUAAGAAAGAGAGUCACAGUCACGAUCCAGAGAGGCUGAGUUCACUGGCAGUGUCAGUGUAUCAGGCGUGGGAUAACUAAUCCCGUCUUAACCCUUAGAACACAGAACACAUCUGGCUGCUUUUAUACACAGAGGCGAUAAGAACAACAUGCGACAUAGAGUGACUUAUAUCCUAGGCAAUUUUCACCAAUUAUAUAAACACACCUGAGCAGAAAGCACUCAAACUGUUUAA